CAGGCACCGGGAGGAAGGAGCUCACCAGUGGAUUCAGUGCCCCCAGGAGAGCCGUGGCCCUGUGGGCAGCAGCAGGCUGGCGGGGCUGGGUGGGGCCAGAGAUGAAGCCCGAGAACGUAUACUGGGCCAACUUGAAGCUGUGGUUCAAGCAGAAGAUCAGCAAGGAGGAGUUUGACCUGGAGGCCCACCGGCUGCUCACACAGGACAAUGUGCAUUCUCACAACGAUUUCCUCCUGGCCAUCCUCACGCGCUGUCAGAUUUUGGUCUCCACACCAGAGGGUGCUGGAUCUUUGCCCUGGACGGGGGGAUCUGCGGCCAAGCCUGGAAAGCCCAAGGGCAAGAAAAAGCUCUCUUCUGUUCGCCAGAAGUUUGACCAUAGAUUCCAGCCCCAGAACCCCCUCUCCGGAGCACAGCAGUUCGUGGCAAAGGACCCCCAGGAUGACGACGACCUGAAACUCUGCUCCCACACGAUGAUGCUUCCCACGCGCGGCCAGCUCGAGGGGAGGAUGAUCGUGACGGCCUACGAGCACGGGCUGGACAACGUGGCCGAGGACGCCGUCUCAGCCGUGGUCUAUGCGGUGGAGAGCCACCUCAAAGACAUACUGACGUCAGUUGUGUCCAGAAGGAAAGCGCACCGGCUGCGAGAUGGCCACUUUAAGUAUGCCUUCGGGAGCAAUGUGACCCCACAGCCGUACCUGAAGAACAGCGUGGUGGCCUACAAUAGCCUAAUCGAAGGCCCUCCGGCUGUGUCCACUCCCUGUGCGGGUCAGAACCCGGCUGCCCACCUGCCCCCGGACGCUGCUGAGCAGCAGGCCGCACUCCUGCUGGCCUGCUCUGGGGACGCGCUGCCUGCGCCCUUGCCUCCAGUGAACAUGUACGACCUCCUUGAGGCUCUGCAGGUACACCGGGAAGUCAUCCCUACACACACCGUGUAUGCCCUCAACAUCGAGAGGAUCAUCAUGAGGCUCUGGCACCCGAAUCACGAGGAGCUGCAGCAAGACCAAGUCCACCGCCAGCGCCUGGCGGCCAAGGAGGGGCUUCUGCUCUGCUAAGUGCGAUUGGAGGGUGUGGGGUCCUCACGGGUCAUUGCUUGCUGAAGAGGGCAUGUUUGGGGUCCGCAUUUCGAGGCUGAAGUGUGGAGUGUACAUAUAACCUUUCCUAUGGAAAUGGGACAGUGAGUGUGUUUUCUGUUGCUGCUGCAAGGCCAUUCGUGUAAAUACAGGCCAGUUACGUCUGCGUGUCUGCGUGUUCCCAGGUACGGGGGCAGGCAUGAUGAAGUCCUGUGCCUGGAGAGGACGCCUGUCUGAGGCCCUGUGUAAGAUGGACCAUCCUAGAGUGUCCCCUCGACUGGCAGGACAUUCUUGUGUUCUGUGUCUGGCCAGAUAAACUUCUACACUCUUGCUUUUUGUUGGUAUAACCUAUCCAGUGUUGAAACUCGGACACCUCCUUUAGUGAAGGGUUUAGUUUUUAACACCUUGAGGUAGCCUCCAAGCCAUCCACCAUUUCAGCUCCACAGAAAACGUGACUUGCAGAUGCUGUGCUGUUGGACAAAAUUAAGCCCAGGCAACCCACCCUCUUGGACGCAGUCUGCUUUAGAAGACGUCUUCCUGCGGCUUCGUUUGUAGGAUGAUUGGCAGGUGCUUCUGUUAAUGAUCCUUAAAAGGUGUCUUGCUAUAGCUAAUCUGUAAUAUGACCAGAGGUGACUGAAGGCACGUCUACUAAUUAUUCCUAUAGAACACGUUUUAAGAAAUCUUACAAAUUGGAUUUAUGGUUGUUAAUUCUCUUUGUAGGAAAUAUCUAUUUCUACCCUUUUAAGUGCUAAAUUGAAAAUAAUCCACUGACAGUGUUACUGAAAACCAUUUUGUUUUCUAGAGAUAUAUAUGCUUUUUACUCAAUAGUGUUGAUGGACAAAUUAGACUGUAGGUGGGUUUGUAUAGGACUGAGGAAUGGAUGUAUGGGUAUGUGUAUAUAGUUCAUACGUCUGAAGCUCUGUAUUUGAUUUUGUACUUUAAGCGUGACAAAUGUUUUGGCAGAAAACCUUUUUGUUGUUUAUUAAAGUAAAUACAUAAGGAAAAAUAUCAUACAGAAAUAGUAAAGCCCUGUUUUGUGAGAUCUUGGCGGAGACUUUUCAGAGUGUACUAGACGAGAAAGACUGAAGGGCAGGCUCCCGUUAAGCUCUACCAUUUCUCUUUUGUGAUGUUUUUAACACCAAAAAAAAAAAAAAAAAA